UGUUGUCAAGUGCAGCUUGGACGCACCUACUCGGCCGAUUUGCAUUUUGCCCUUUCUUCCGUCCGCACCCAGUUGUCUCCAGCAUGGGGGAACCAAACCACUCUCCCGGGAAGGAGCUUCAGCACUGGACGCGAGCAGAGACUCCUGGAAAGAAAAGCUGGCAUUCCCAGGCCUACGCUCUUGGGGCCAUUUCCAAUUUUAUGUCUACUUUUCUGACCUUUCCUAUCUAUAAGGUUGUGUUCCGGCAACAGAUCCAUGCUGUGGCGGUGUCAGAGGCUAUGAGACAGCUUUGGCAUGAAGGCCCCCAAUACUUCUACCGGGGAAUCUACCCGCCUCUUCUCUCCAAGACGUUGCAAGGGACUCUACUAUUUGGGACUUAUGAUAGCCUGCUGUGCUCUCUCUCCCCUGAUGGGCCACACUCCCUGGGACACCGCUGGGCUGCAGGGCUCAUGUCUGGUGUGGUGGAGGCUGUGGCACUCAGCCCCUUUGAAAGGGUGCAAAAUGUGCUCCAGGAUGGUCGCAAGCAAGCUCGCUUCCCUAGCACCUUCAGCAUUCUCAAGGAAUUCAACUCUUAUGGGUUUUGGGGGCGGCUGUCCCUGGGCUACUAUCGUGGUUUCUGGCCUGUCCUUCUCAGGAACAGCCUGGGGAGUGCUCUGUAUUUCUCCUUCAAGGACCCCAUCCAGGAUGGCUUGGCAAAGCAAGGCCUACCCCACUGGGUCCCUGCCUUGGUGUCUGGGAGUGUCAAUGGAACGAUCACCUGCCUAGUUCUCUAUCCUCUGAUUGUGCUAGUUGCCAAUAUGCAGUCCCAUAUUGGCUGGCAGAGCAUGCCCAGCCUGUGGGCAUCUGCCCAGGACAUGUGGGACACUCGGGGCCGAAAGGUGUUCCUGAUGUACCGUGGAGGCUCCCUCGUCAUCCUAAGGUCUAGUGUGACAUGGGGCCUCACUACUGCUAUCCAUGACUUCCUUCAGAGGAGGUCUCAUUCCAGGAAAGAGCUGAAAGACUGACUAGCUGCAGGAAGUGUGGCCAUAACUUUGUUAUUCUAAGCCUUCUCGAAUUGGUCUAAAUAGCUUACUUCUUUGGCUUGGUUACCUAACACAGUCAUUCUUUAGCAUCUUUGAACUAGAGAAGUUCCCAACCACUAACCAGUUGGGCAUAGACAAAGCCCAGCAUGAUUUGUUAGUCAAAAAGAGAAAGUCACUCCUUUCUAUCCACAGCUUCAACAGCCUCAGACCCAGGAAGCCUUUAAAUAACUUAUAACCCAGAUGAAAUGCCAUUCCUUUAAGGAAUUCUUUGAUAAUAAGAGGAAACUUUAAAAGAGCUUUAAUUAAGCACUGUGAGUUUCGAAACUCCGGUUGUCCUCUGGACCAAACUGAGUGGAGGACCAGGAACUCUAAUUUCAAAGAACUAAGCUUGACUCUUAGGUGUAGAUUGUAUAGAACUUCUCAGAUGGCCACAUUUUCAUGACAUUGUUCACUAUGCCUACCACCACUACUCUCACUUCUCACAGCUGUGGGUUCUAGCUUCAGGGUGGCAGCUGUAGUUGGAAAUCCUAAAUUAGACUUGCUUCAGGUGCCACAAGAACUGCUAGGCUGGAGGUGGGAGUGGGGAGAGUUGUGGUCCCUGGAUGGAUAGAAAGAAUAGACUUUGAGGGAAGAGAUUUAGUUGCAUGUAAAAUAGAAAUAAAAUCACUAUAGAUUACUUGAAGUUGUCUGCUGGGACAUUUUUGAUAGCAAAACAAUGACAUUGCCUAGAAACCACUUUAGUUUCCCUAAGAAAUCUGGAACUGAAAUGACUACAUCUCUUCACAGAUCAUUGCAUAUUUUAUUGCUAUAGAUAUAGUUACUGUGACAUAAAUUAAAGAUCAGAAAUCUUAGCUUGUAGUUCAGAGCCAUUUAAAAUAUGGUACUCCUAUAACUUUCAGCAUUUCAUCAAACGACUCUCACUUACAUAGAUUUCAUAUACCAGCCAAACUGGACUAUAGUUUUCUCCCCCAAAAUGCCCCAGACUUUCCCAUGGCCAUGCUUUGGCCCACACUUAAUUCUUUUCACCUCCAGUGCUCCUUUUCCACCUUCCAGUCUGCCAAAAUCCUUCCAGAAUCUCAAAGCCCAGUUUAGAGUCCACCUUCUCUGUGGAACCUCUCUGAUUACCCACAACUGAAUGUGGUGGUAGUCUCUGGUGAUAACACUUCAUACAUGGCACUGAUUCCAUUAUGUCACUGAUCUCAUGCGGCCCUGUGUUCUUAUUGUUCUUCAGUACCUCUUACUAGACUGUAAAAUUCUUUUAAAGCAGGGAUUCUUGUAUACAUUUUUAAAUUUCCUAUUGUGCCUAGGUGCUCAAUAAUGUUGGCUGAAUUAUUGAAUUGAUCAUCAAGCUGUGAUAUGGUCUUUAUCCUCAGGGUGCUGUCUCUUGUACAUGAAGAUAAUGUUACCGACUCACCGUCAGCAAGACACAUACCUUUGGGGUGUGAUUUUGUUUUAUUAGUAGAUUUAGCUUUGUGUUAAUGAUAAUGAUGCUGCUGCUGAUAAUAAAAUUACUUUCAACUGAAACAUUUGACCA